AUGCACAAAUCAUUCCUCCCACUUGCGUUUACCGCAAGUGCCUUGGCAGCACUGCAAUCAUGCCCCUCAGACCUCCCCCUUAGCUGCCACAACACAACUACCAUUCCAUCCUCCGAUGCGUGCUGCUUCAACGCUCCUGGUGGUACACUCCUCCAGACGCAAUUCUGGGACUACGACCCGGCGACUGGUCCGGCUGAUUCGUGGACGAUCCAUGGUCUUUGGCCCGAUAACUGCGACGGCACGUACCAGCAAUACUGCGAUACUUCCCGGGAAUACAAAAACAUCACGUCGAUUCUGCAGAGCCAGGGACGCGAUGACCUGCUGUCGUAUAUGAAGACGUAUUGGCAGGAUUAUGAGGGUGAUGAUGAGAGUUUUUGGGAGCAUGAGUUUGGGAAGCAUGGAACGUGUAUCAACACGAUCAAACCAUCGUGCUACAACGAUUACACCCCGCAGCAGGAAGUCGGUGAUUAUUUUCAGAAGACGGUGGAUUUGUUCAAAGGUCUCGACACAUACAAGGCCCUCGCCGACGCACACAUCACACCCGAUAGCUCCAAGGCCUACGAGCUCAGCGCUGUCAAGAAAGCACUUGCUUCGCUGAACGGUGGAUAUGAGCCGCAUAUCGGCUGCAGCGAUGGAGCGUUGAGUGAAGUGUGGUAUUUCUUCAAUGUUCGCGGGAAUGCGAUUGAUGGGGAGUAUGAGCCGACUGAGACGCUUUCGGAGACGCAAUGUCCUGACACUGUCAAGUAUCCGCCCAAGAGCUCUUAG